AUUAGCACCUGCGAGGCCCACUGGCCUGGCCCAACCGACUCUGCCCCCAGAAGUCGGAGCCCCACGGACUCAGUCUCCAUUGUGUCACACGCGCGGAUGCACGUCUCUCUCUCGACCGGUAGCCAAUCCGUUCCAGCAGCACAGCUCCAGCUUAGCUUCCCGAGUGAAAACCGAAAGUGAUCCGUACGGUGUCCGAUUAUCAUGUCUGCCGGUGGUCGUUCCUCGCAGCUCUUGGCCCUCGUGGCCAUCUUCUUCGGCAGCUACAUAGUGGGCAUCUACAGUGCGGCACGUGCCAGCAGACCGGCGGCCUUGUCUUCGGAUUCAAAGUACAACGAAUCCCUGAUCCUGGGCAACGGCAGCCUGAUCCUCGGGAACGACACCCUUCUGGCAGCGGAGGAGGACUCCAGGUUGGCCCGCAGCGGGUCGCGGCAUCCUCGCUGGUUUCCCUUCUACACAAUUGGCCGCUUUUCCAAUGACAUUUGCAUUGGCAACAACCUGCUCCUGGGCACCUGCGUGAUCAACGGAGAGUGCUCGGACAACAGCGGAGUGGCGGCGGGCAGCUGCUCCUCCAUCACAGCGCAGGCCAUCUGCUGCAUUUACCAAAGGACUUGUGGAGCGAGUACCACGUACAACAACACAUACUUCUACAACAGCAAUUAUCCAGCUCCUUAUGCGGGCGGCGGACGCUGUUCCAUCGUGGUUACCCCGCCGGACUCUUCCAUCUGUCAGAUGCGCGUGGACUUCCUCUCGCUUUCGCUGGCCCCUCCCACGGGCGAUGGAGCCUGCGCCACCGAUGCCUUGACCAUCACCGGCGGAACCUCCCAAGUGCCCACCAUCUGCGGCGAGAACUCCGGUCAGCAUGUGUACGUGGACUUCAAUGGGGUUAAUCCCAUCACCAUCUCAGUGGCCACAUCUGGCAGCUACACAUUCAACCGCAACUGGCAGUUCCAGAUCAGGAUGCUGGCCUGCUCCUCGGCCACCUUGGCUCCGGCCGGAUGCCUGCAGUACUAUAUGCCCAGCAGUGGCACCUUGUCCAGCUUCAACUACAACUCGGCCGCCUCCGCCGCCCUCAAUUCCAUCGGGGUGCAGGGCACCAGGCAGCUGGCGAACACCAACUACGGGAUCUGCAUACGCAAGGCGGCGGGCAUGUGCUCCAUCACCUACAGCCAGGUCGGCUCCGAUACGUACUCCUUCACGUUGACCAACGACGUGGGCGCCGUGGAUCCCACGCUGCUGGCCACCUCCUCCGUGCAGAGCCAGGAGUGCACCACAGACUAUAUCGUCAUUCCGGUGCCGACGCAGGGCGGCGUCGCGAUGCCCAGCGACCGGUUUUGUGGGCUGGGUCUGGUGGCCACGACCUCGGCGGCGAAGCCUUUCGUGGUCUACACGGUCACCGACGGCAAUGAGGACAUGGACAUUUCGAAUCGCGGCUUCUACUUGUCGUAUUCGCAGAACUCCUGUCCCAUUCUGUAAAUAUGAUAUAAAAUAAAAAAAAGACUUGAUUAAUGAUAGCAUAAGUAAA